UCUGCAAAAAUUGCAAAUGUAAACGGGCCUUAAGGCGAAAAAAACGGGACGUGUUACGACAAGGUCUGGUCCAGUAUUACCGCGUCGUUUCAAUGCACGGGUAUUGUUUGUAGAUAAUCUCAAGCUCUAUUCAAAAGUGAUUAUUAUUGUUAUAUAAAACAAURCCUCAACACUGAUAGGCCAUAGUCUCCAACAACUAAGACAGCAACUUGAAGUAAACAAAGACAAUUAGGGAGAUUGAGAACCAAAUAAAAUACUAGAGCUGCGAAUCGACACGCGAAGUUUGUGUCGUUGCUAUGAUCAAAGCAAAACUACAGCAAACUUUCUUGGCAUUUUUUUUCGGAUUUCUUUGAGUUCAUAAGUCAUUAGUUGAUAWUUGGAGGUGACGCAAAUACCGUGUAGCUGUCCGAUAAUUACUGGAUGUUUUUAAUAAUGAAGCAUUAGUAUCUAACAAUGGCGACUACUACUGUUAGAGUAACUUUUAGUCAUGACAGCACAGAAGCAGCAACAACAACUGAUAAACGUCCAGCGACCAGUUUCACGAGAAGGAGAACAGUUUCAAAAAAAUCAAGUUCGUUGUUAAGUGAGGCCUGGCAUAGUGAUGCCAAGAAAAAACAGAUACCGGGGACUCGACGAUUGUCUAAUAUCGGCCGCGAUCAUUUCCUUCGCUCUUUUGGUAGAGACACCCUACACGGCUAUCAAGGUAUAGAUGGCAUCMUGCCUGAGAAAACCGACGAUCUUUCUUCGAUAGCAAACGUGUUUGAAUCCGCCACACAAGAGAAAAAUCAGUCUGAAAACCWGGAUAGUUCAAAACAGAGUGAUGGCGUAGACAAAGGRCUUAUCCGCGCCUCAAGUGCUAAGACAGGUACGAGGUCUGAUUCCGAAUGGCUUUACCGUAAUGUACUAGCAGACCGAGGAAAAGAUUAUUCGRCCWGUGAUGGUAACCUUAAUGUUGAAAGUUUGAAAGAAAAGAUCAGAAGUCAGUCUGCUAAGAGACGAAUACGACGAAUUAUGCUGGUAGACAAAGGAAAAGAAGAAGCAGCAACAAAAGCCAAAAAAGAUCAACAAACUACUAAAAAGAGRACUCUCAAAGGUACAACGUUAUCGCUGUUGGCCUUCAAGACAACUACAGGGACAUUUGAUAUGUUUAUAGARAAAAAGAAAUGGCUGGCAGAAACACGAAUAAGGAGAGCAAAACUGGCAAAACAGAAGUUUUACAAAGCAGCCAUCGUUGUACAAACUUUGUGUAAAUUCCUUAAAGCCCUCAAGAGCUUCUCCACUCAUCAAACCCCAAUGACUGCAGCACAAAAGUCAUGGCAUGCUUUAAAACACACAUCAGAAGCCAAAGAAAUAUUGUUCAACAUGACAAUCUUUCAGAAGGGAAAAUCGCAAUAUGCUUAUGUUCCCGAAUGGGCAAAGAGUAUCCUUGCUAAGCCACCCAUGGAACGAAGUGACAUGGAUCUUAGUCAGCUCCAUGCUGUACUCAAAGGGCUGCAAAGUUAUGACAAAUUUACCUACAGAAUUCAGAUGGCAAUGUGUCGCGCCAUGACUUAUCAAAGAUUUGAACAUGGGCGUACAAUACUUCGUAAAGGGCACGAGGGGCUAGCUUUCUAUUUCGUGUUUUCCGGUUCAGCCUUUGUUAAUGUCGAGGAGCUCCUAGUACGUUCAGGUCAUGUGGUAUGGCAUACAGCGGUGGUGUUACAUCGUGGAGACAGCUUUGGGGAGCUUGCGUUGUUGCGUAAAAUAAAGCGUACCGCAUCAGUAGUCGUACGUGAGGAUAUCGAACUACUAGUGGUUGACCGUGACGUGUUUGCCAUCACGUGCCCGAAGAUUUACGACAAGGAAUUGGGAGAUAAGAUUACGUUUUGCAAGAAUUUGAAGAUCUUUCAAUACUGGACUGAUGAAAUGCUCAGAAACAUUUGUUUUGAGGCGCAGAUUCAGGAUUGGAAAUCAAACAAGAUCAUAGUCAAGGAUAGCAGCAAGGAUACGGAGUGGAUUUACAUCUGCAUGCAGGGCAAGUGUUCAGUCAUCAAAGCUCUCGAGCUUCGCUGUCCACCGCGAUUAUUUGAGCCGAAAAAAAUAACUUUCGAAGAGUCUUUCCUGUUUUUUGGACGAGGAAGUCGAGCGUCUGCCUCCUCGUCCAGUGGCUGGAAAAAAGAGCUCGAACAGAGCUUUAAGCAACCUUACAAUUUUGCUAAUAAAGACAAGACCGUCGACGAACGCCAGGAAUCCGAGCCUGAAGAAAUCGAGAGUGAAACCGAUAGCGAAACCGAAAGCGAAUCAGAAGCUGCAUUAAAGAGAGUCAAAAAUAUAAGAAUAAAUCCUGGUCGGCAAAGCAUUGUCGCAAAGGAACGUAUGAUAAAAGUGAUGGACUUAUCAUACUCGGAGAUGCCACAUGCCAAGGGGAACUCUAAUUAUUGUGAAGUGGAUGACGACGAGAAGCCGCUGGUCAACAGCCAAGAAGCCAAAAAUGAACUAGACCAGUCUCAAAUUGUGCUUGAAAAACGCAUGGAGUUGAAUUCUUUAACUCUAUUGGACCUGAUGCGACUGACAAACGAAUCUGGAAGAUUGAAUAAGGACAUUGUUUUUCUAGAUAUUGCAAGACUGCAAUCUGGAGACAUCUUUGAUCUUAGCGAGGUUCUCAUGCCAACAGGACGAAAGCUUAUGUUAAUCAGCAACGGCGCGAUUUUAUUACGAAUAAAGAGGGCAGAUUAUAUGCGAUAUUCAAGUAAGACUACCAUCGAGUGUGCUAGAGAUAUUGCCUUACAUACACAAUAUCCUUCAGAUGAAAUGAUAUAUCGAUCGUACAAUGAACGUUGUGCAUGGGACAACAUUAAAAGAAAACAGCUUUAUUCGAGCAUGCAAGAAGUGCAGGAUACCUGUGUACGUCAUGACCGUGCAGUAGAACUGGGUGCUACAUUCAACCGCAAACCUCUCAGGAGUGUUAGAGGCAUCGCGAGGAAAGAACAAGAAGAAAAGUUGAAGUUAGCAGAGCUUGAUGAGUAUUUGGAGUUUAUCUACGGUCCUAAUAAAGCUGAAUGAAAAACAGUUACAGUUUAAAACUGAAU